GAUACUGGUAUCUCCAACAAGGCCAUGUCUAUCUUGAACUCUUUCGUCAACGAUAUCUUUGAACGUAUUGCCUCUGAAGCUUCCAAGUUAGCUGCCUACAACAAGCGUUCCACCAUUUCUUCUCGUGAAAUUCAAACCGCUGUUCGUCUUAUUCUUCCUGGAGAACUCGCCAAGCAUGCCGUCUCUGAAGGUACCAAGGCUGUCACCAAGUAUACUUCUUCCAAGUAAAGAAAAAAAAAAGAAAUUACAGUUUUUUUUUUUUUUUUUUUUUUUUUUUUUUUUAAU